ACAUAUUUUCUAAGAAUUGGUGCCGCCAAGAAAUCAAACCGAUGCAAACAAAAUAAACACAAAAACAAGUGUCUUAAUCCGAUGAAAAAAUUAUUUUUUCUCAAACUUAAUUUUCUUAACCAAUUUUCAAACAUGUUCUGUGUUGUGUUGCAAUUUGCUCUUAUCACCCCAAGGUGGUAAUGCAAAUUUACCAAAGUACCCAUCCCUACGCAGAGUUUGGGAAACCGAAAUGAAAAAUACCGGUCAACUGUCCCCUAUAUUAAACGGUGGGACCGAGAAACCAAACUAAUAGAACAAACACACCGCAACAACAAAGAAGAAGAUUAUAUGAAAGUAUUCUGCAAGAGAAAAGAAACCAUGCUCGAUGGCGAAGAAGAUCAUUCACGACACCACUAGGAAGAUGUCGCAGCUGUGCCAGAAAAUCGUUAAGGUCGACGUCCGGUGGGGUGUCCUCAAAAGGGUAUCUUUCGUUGGACACUUUUUCCGCUUCAUUUGGAACAGACUUCUUGUUUGCUCCGUCGCCGGAAGGCCAUCUCAGUACCGGAAACUACCCGUCCGGGACCCCUCUUCUUCGCCGCCGUCCUACGCUGACGACGUCUUCUUUUCCGCUACAACCACCACUGGCGGCUAUGACUCCGAUUCCGAUUUGGUGAACCUCAAGAUCAGCUUGUUGGGUGAUUGCCAUAUUGGAAAAACUACUUUUGUGAUCAAGUAUGUGGGGAAUGAGCAAGAAAAGAGGAGCUUACAGAUGGAAGGAUUGAAUCUAAUGGACAAAACUUUGUCUGUUCAAGGAGCUCGUAUUUCAUUUAGAAUAUGGGAUGUUGCAGGUGAUAAAAGGUCCCUGGAUCAAAUUCCCAUGGCUUGUAAAGAUUCGGUUGCGAUUUUGAUUAUGUUCGAUCUCACCAGUCGUUGUACACUAAAUAGUGUUGUUGGAUGGUAUAGUGAAGCAAGAAAGUGGAAUCAGACUGCAAUUCCAAUUCUAAUAGGGACCAAGUUUGAUGAUUUUGUUAGACUUCCCCCAGAUGUGCAAUGGACAAUUGUAACACAGGCAAGGGCAUAUGCAAGGGCGAUGAAGGCAACCCUUUUCUUUUCAAGUGCAACCCACAACAUAAAUGUCAACAAAAUUUUCAAGUUUAUCAUGGCCAAGCUCUUUAACUUACCAUGGACAGUGGAACGAAAUUUGAGAGUUGGAGAACCCAUAAUUGACUUCUAAAUUGUUCUUUACACUGAUUCGUAUGUAUAUAGAAGGACAAAAGAUAGAGAAUAAAAAAUAGAAUGACAAAGAAAGAAAACAAGUCAACUUUUUCAUAUUGGCUGGGAUCUAUCACCAUUCACCACCUAGGUACCUAAUUUCCAUGUCUCAAUAGGCCAUUUUGACUAUACAUCUUUAGAGAGUGAGAACCUGAGACGUUGUGACUCGGUUUUUCUGUCGCUGGUAAGCUUACCCCUGUUGUGGCUGAGGUCAAAGCCCACAGGGGUCUUGAUAAUUUUCUAUGUUGCCCUGAUAAAGGAGAAAUUCUAUUUCUAUAUAAUUUUCGUAUGAUAUAUUUUUUUAUUCAUCUAA